CCCACUCUACAUUGCGCUCCGCUGCGCUCCCGCGGCAUUUGGUCGCCCGUCGGAGCUAUGGCCGGGUGGCCGGCGUUGCUGCUGCUGCUCUCGGUGACGGUGACCGUGGCGGCUGAUAUAAUCUCAUGUGACCCAAAUGAGUAUCCGUAUGCAAAUAUCUGCUGUCAACGCUGCCAGGCUGGCCACCACAUCAGCAGGCACUGCAGCCGGAACCAUGGCGUUGGCGAGUGUGCGCCCUGCGAGCACAAUACCUUCAUGGCACAUGCCUCUGACAAAACCGAAUGCUUCCCCUGUGUCCAGUGCCGGGACGACCAGGAGAUCGUGGCGGAAUGCACUAUGACCAGUGACCGGCGCUGCCAGUGCAAGCGAGGCAGUUUCUAUUGUGACUCGGCAGACUGUGUGGAGAACUGCUUCCGGUGCAGCAGGUGUCCCAAAAACAGAGUCAUCCGUUAUCCGUGCAAUGCCACAGCAGACACAGUGUGUGGUGAAGCAAAUCCAGAGUCAGGAAACUCACACUUCUGGUCCUCUGUUUUUGUGCCUUUUGUCGUCGUCGUCUUUGCCAUUGGCUUUGCUAACCUCAUCUACUGGAAAAGAAAAUGUCUCCAACGGCUCUUUGUCAAGGUUUUCAGACGAGAGUCAGUUGAGCCAGGCAGCCGUUCAUCUACCAACAGCAUGCUCAGUGAUGUACUGCUGCCCAAGGACAGGCCGGCUUCUGCCCUGGCAAUAGAACUGCCGGGAAAUGAGUGCUUACCCUUCGCACCAGAGCCUGAGACCUGCCCUGGGGCCUCUGAGAACCUCGAGAGCUCUGGACCAGCGGGGCUGGUGGCUGAAGAAAGCCCAGCAGCCCCAGAGCAGGCACUGCACACUCCUCCUGCUGCCCAUGAGCCCCAGGGCCAGAUGGAGUCAGCAGCCUCCCUGAAUGAUCUGGCACAGGAAUAUGCACAAAAGUAUGUUUUAAAGAAUAUGUCCUCUGAGACCAUCAAUAGGUGUUUUUAUAUCAUUAUAUCUAAAGUUCCAAAAGGUAACUGGAAGAUGUUUAUGAGAUUCAUCGGACUUGAAGAAAAUGAAAUUGAUGUCUGCGAACAGGAAAAUAUAGGAAAUGUAAUGGAACAACGUUAUAAGAUGCUCGUCAAGUGGAAUUAUAAAUUUGGAAAGGAUGCUUCUAUUUUUAAGCUCAUGGCUGCCCUCCAUAAAAUGGAGUUAAACAUGUGUUUGCAAAAUAUUAUAAACCGUUUGACUGCUGAAGGUAUUUUAGGUAAACAUUCUGAGAUCUCAAAUUAGAGCCAAGUCUUUUUUGGUUCAGGAGGUGUGACGUUAACCAAUAUCCUGAAUGAAUCUGUUGGAGUUCUUGUACCACUCUGAUUCUGUUGGAAUAUCCCACAAAAUGCUGCAUCCCUUCUCUAAACAGACUCUUUCUAAGGAGGUCAGUUCUGCAUCCAAGCCAGAGUGCUUCCCUGCCUGCUGUCUGUGGUGGAGAGGGGUCUGUUGUAAGUGGGUUCCAAAGGACUAUGAGCUUGUUACCAGCUUGCUAUGCCAAGCAGUCCCCUAGUCCUCAGAGAUUCUUCCACAAGAGCUGAGGCUAGGAGGAUUUGUUGUUUGUCUUCCCAUCCCUCCCACUGGUUCUCACAUUCACUGUGAUGGUCUCAUGGCUUAGAACAGGAUAUGGAUGCAGUCUAGGUGCUCCAUAAAUAUGUAUGAGUAGACCAGCAGUUAGCAUAAUGGCUAUGUCGCUGGACUCCCAUGUAGUCCCUGCGGUUCGAGUCCUGGACCCGGUGGCCUAAACUCAUGCCAGGCACGUGUG